AUGGGUCGACGACCCAGACUAGAGAAUAGCGAAUACCGGGUUCAAAUGCCGACCUGCCAAUCAGGUCGGCAUGCACCGUUGACAGCGCAGAUCAGCCUACCUAUGGAGAGCCUGGCAUUCCUCGAUUGCGACAUCGAGGACAUCUUCACCCAAAAUGUCGGGUCACGAUCCGUCAGCGUGGCCCACCUCAAGGCGGCUUGGGUGUUCGCGCGGCUAGCAGGGCCAACACACCCACGUGUCCAUGCCCUGUUAGGCCUGCGAUGUCGCGUAUCUGGCCGGGUAGAGGCAGAGCACAGCCCGACAGAAAGGGUCAUGAGCAUCACGUCUGCGGAUCCCUCCACCGAGGCUGGCGCUAUCACGAGAUCCACGUGGAGUCCACCUCCCGGGUAUUCGUCGAGGAGCGUCACUUGGGACGCCGACCCGGCGUCGACGAGUGGGUAUCCGUUGCAUGCCAAGAAUCCCAUGGAGGGAAGAUCUCCUCGCUGGGCCGCCCAGUGGGUUGAUGCAAUGCAAUAA